AUGACUGCCAAAGACAAAACUGAGAUCGGUGAAAGAGGGGCGACCCUUUCCGGUGGUCAGAAGGCUCGUAUAUCAUUGGCUCGCGCCCUUUUCGCUCAUAAAGAUAUCUAUCUUUUGGAUGAUGUGUUGGCUAGCUUGGACAAGAACGUUGCUGAUAGAAUUUUCGAAGAUGCAGUGCAGAAUGCCCUCGUGAGUAAGACUGUUGUUUUGGUUUCCUCUGAUCCACAGAGACUUGCACUCUGUAGCAAAGUUGUUUUCAUGGAAAAUGGCAGAGUGGUAUCUUAUGGCCCACACUUAGAUCUUUUGGAGUCUUGCAAAGCAUAUAAUGAUUACUGCAUGGCUACCAAAGUAACAGAACAAUAUAAUACCAAUCGACCGGAAAGUAACAACACUGAGCCAAGAGUUGUCAGUUCUGCAAGCGAAGAUUUUGAGAAGUUAGCCGAAGAUGCCACAUUGCUGCAAGGCUCAACCUCUGAUUUGAUCGCUUUAGAAAAAGAUAAUGGAAAGCUGGUAGAUGAUGAGGAAGAUCUUGGAUUAGCCGAGAUGUCAUGGAAGAUAUAUAAAAACUAUAUCAAAGCCGCUGGUUCAUGGGUUGUUUGGUGUAUAUUAAUCAUGGCUUUCAUUCUUAAUGUAGUGUCUUCAAUUUUCUCAACUUUCUGGCUUUCACGUUGGUUGAAGAACAGAGAGGAGGUUGUGGUUCAAGAAAAUGGAACUAUUGUUCGAUCAUCUGGAAGCUUGGCCCAAAGUCCUGACACCUCUUACUAUGCCACUAUCUAUGGUGUAUCUCUUGUCAUUCUUUUCGUAUCAGGUCUUUUCAAAGCUUGCAUUUUUGUGAAAGUGUCUCUCAAUGCCGCUUCUAGACUUCAUAGCAACAUGUUCAAUUCUGUUAUUCGUGGGGCUGUUCACUUCUUUGAUUCAACACCAACCGGCAGAAUCUUGAAUAGAUUCAGUAAAGAUAUGGAUGAAAUUGAUGUGAAACUUCCUUUCACAGCUGAAGUCUUCCUGCAAAAUAUGAUUACCUGCAUAGGAUUCCUUCUGGUUAUUGCUUGGGUUUUCCCAUCCUUCCUGAUCGCUUGCGUUCCGCUGUUGGCCAUAUUUGUUAUGUUCAUUCUUUGUUUCCGUGCUGGUAUACGUAGUUUGAAACGAUCUGAGAAUAUCUCUCGUUCACCUCUCUUCGACCACAUCACAACAUCUCUGGAAGGCCUCCACUGUAUUCAUUCAUAUGGACAGACAUCUCAUUUCCUCGAAACUCUGAAGAAGAGAUUGGAUGCCAACAGUGGGUCAGUCUUCAUGUUCCAAUCCGCUAUGCGUUGGUUAGCCGUUUGGCUCGAUCUGUUCGUAGUCGCCAUUACAUCUGUGGUAGCUUUCCUCAUUGUUAUGCUAACAGGAACUGUAUCACCAGCUGAAGCUGGUAUGGCUAUCGCUUUUGCUGUACAGAUGAGUGGAAUUUUCCAAUUCGCAGUUCGUACUCAAACAGAGCUCGAGGCUAAAAUGACUUCUGUUGAAAGAGUUGCUCAUUACUCAGAUGUGAUCACUUCCGAAGGUGAUUGGGAUUCUAAGAAGGGUACCGAUAUACCUAAAGAUUGGCCUAAGGCUGGACAGAUCACUUUCGAAAGUGUGAAGUUGCGCUACCGUCCAAAACUCCCAUUAGCUUUGAACUGUGUAUCUUUUGAUAUCAAGCCCAAGGAGAAAAUAGGAAUUAUUGGAAGAACUGGAUCAGGAAAAUCCUCUUUAGGAAAUGUAAUAUACAGACUGUAUCCACUUACAAGUGGAGCUAUCUACAUUGAUGGUGUUGAUAUCGUAACUCUUGGUCUUCAUCGAUUGAGAAGAGCUAUGGCAGUCAUUCCACAAGAGCCCAUGUUAUUUGCUGGAACUAUUCGUUAUAAUCUUGACCCUAAUAAUCAGUUUUCUGAUUCUGAACUCUGGACAGCCUUGGAAAAGGUUUACAUGAAAGCUACGAUCAAGAGUUUGGAGAAGGGAUUAGAAGCUGAAGUUCAGUCUGGAGGAGAAAACUUCUCUGUUGGUGAAAGACAAUUGUUGUGCAUGGCUCGUGCCAUUCUAACGAAAGCUCGAGUCGUUCUUCUUGAUGAAGCUACAGCUAGUUUGGAUUUGGCUACAGAUAAAGUCAUCCAGAAAGUAAUAAAAGAAGCAUUCAAUGAAUGCACCUUGUUGCUCAUUGCCCAUCGUCUGGAAAAUGUUUACAACUGUGAUCGUGUACUUAUGAUGGAGAACGGAGAAGUGGUUGAAUUUGAUAAGCCGUCUGUCCUUCUGAAUCGCACAACCUCAGCAAUCCAUGAACUUUCCUUAGCUGGACGUGGGGAUGAGAUUAUGGUUUCCGAUGAUGAUGGAGAGGGUACACCUGUUAGAUUAGAGGCACCCGAAAGUGCCGACGGCGAAAGCGCUCCUGAAAUUAUUGAUAAUGAGAACGAUAGUGGCGACGGAGAGACAGAAGAAAUUGUUGAUGCUGCUAAAGAAGACGAUGUAAUCGUUGCUGAAGACAGUACUGGUAGUCAGGAUGACGUAGAGCUUAUUCCAUGA